AUGGUCACCCUCACAGAUGAGCAACGAGAACAAAUUCAAAUUCUCGAAUCCUUUCUCGAGCAAGGAUUGAUGGAUCCAGAAGAUUUCGAGGAAGAAAAGAAGAAAAUUCUCAGUGGUGGAUCCAUUGCCGAAGAAGACGAAGAUGACAGUCCAAUCGUCACAUCUUCCAAAUUUGGUAAUACUCAAUCCAAACCAUCGACCAGUGUUGCUAAUAACAACAACAACAAUUCCUCCUCUGCCACCACCACCACCCCAACAACAACGACACAACGUAAACACAUUGUCAAAGAAGAUUCAAGUUCAGACGAUGAACCUGUCAUUAAAUCAUCCUCCAGUCAUUCAAGAGGAAUUGGUGUGAAAUCUUCACCUGUAGUCGUUGUAAAAACUUCAACAAACAACAAACCAACAGUUGUGAAAUCUUCCAACAGCAACAUCAACACUCCAUCAAGAACAGUGAAUACUCAUUCAAAAUUGUCAGAUUAUGACACUUCAGAGAGUAAUGAUGAUGACAAUGAAGCAGUUGCUGUCGUGAGUGGAAAUGAUGAUGAUGAUACAACUUCUUCCGAUCGAGAUUUUAUGAAAAAUAUUGGUGGAGGAAGAGUCGUUGCCACGGGUCGAAAAAUUUUACAAAAUUCCUCAACCGAAGACGAAGAGAGUGGUGACUCACAAGAUGAAAUUAUUUCCAAGAUUGGAAGGAAUGCAAUGGUGACCUCUUCUGUGAAAAAGAAUGAAAAGAGUGGAUAUCAAUUGAAUUUAACAGCUCAAGAACGACAAGUAUUAAGUGCUGAACAAAUUCAACAAUUGGAAAAGAUGGCUCAUUUGGUGGAUAGUGAAAUUUUGUCAGAAGAUGAAUUGUUGUCAAAAAAGGAAAAUUUGGUGAGACAACAAUUACGUAAAAUUGAAGAAGAAAAGAAGAAGGAAGAAGAAAGAAAAAGACAAGAAAAAGCUACUGUCGUUACGAAAUCGAUCAACACAGCCAAGACAAGUGUUUCCAAUGUUCAAGAUCAAUUGAAAAAACUUGAAGAUUUAUUCAAUGCUGGAAUUUUAACAGAAGAAGAAUAUCGUGCGAAAAAAAGACAACUUGUACCUGAAGAGAGUUCUGAGGAUGAAGACGAGGAUGAAGAUGAGGAUGAAGAUGAGGAGAAGGGAUUAAAAUUGAAAUUAACUCCUCUUCAACGUGAUCAAUUAAGCAAAUUAGAUUCUUUACUCGAAAUGGGUAUUUUAGACAAUGAUGAAUACGAAGAAAAGAAGAGACAAGUGAUGGGUUUGAAGAAUGAAAAGGCACCUUCUAAAAUUAUUACCAAAAAACAAGAGGCCAAUAAGGAAUUUGGUGACGUGAUGGAAAUGGUUGUUUUCAUUUCAAAUAUUAGAGCCAGUCCUGAGAAACCAUUCAAAUUGAUUUAUGAAGGAGAUCAAGUCAUGUAUCAACGAGAAGAAGAUUCAGCUGCUGGGAAGACCAUUAUUGUGAGAGGUGAAGUUCCAAAAAAGCCAAAAGAAGAUACCAUUGUGUCAUUGUGUGUCGAUAUGCCUCAAAUCAAUAUUCACACUCAACAAAAUUUCAAUCUUUCAGAACAUGGUCGAUUCAUCCAAAUUCAAAUUACUCAAGAGGGCAAUAGAAAUAAUAUUAGAAUCAAACAACAACAUAAUGACUCAUUUGAUACUGAACAACAAUUGGGUGACAAGAAUGACGAGAUGAGUAGAAUUUAUGUUCACUAUUCUGGAAUUCCUGCAAGUGAAGAAAAACCAUUCAAGUUAUGGAUUGGUGACAUGCUCGCCCAUCAAAUUACAGAACCAAUGACUAAAAGUCAAAGUGGUGUGCUUAGAGGAGCUAUUCCAAAAAUUAAGAGAUGCAAUCCUUCUACGGAGUCUCAUCACGAUGUGAAACUCAAGAUUCACAUGCCAAUGCUUGAUCCUGAAGAAAAGGUUUAUAUUGUCAACUUGACUGACAAUGGUGAUCAUGUUGGAAUUUACUUGGAUGGUUCAAAAAUUAUUGUUAGACAAGAGAAAGACAAGGUUGAUUCAGACAGUCCAAUCUUGGAACCUGUAAAAUCUAAAAAAUAA